UAAUGUAAAGUUAACGGAUAGAGAUCGUCGCCCCUAAAUGAAAGCUGUGAAUUUCUUCUAACUCUUUUGGGGCUUCCUACUCCUCAGUUGUUUUCACGGCUCUGUAAUUAAACUGUAUUUUCUUUAUUCGGUGCCUGUUGUACAAAUGAAGCUACACGCAGGCUGACUGGCAGAUACUCGGGAUGUAACUGAUUUGUUACAACGCAAAAGUUUCAUUAGACUGCGGCUAUCAUCUCAUUUUAAUUAGACUGGGUGCUGGUAUUCAACGGGACAUUUAAUAUGACUGACACGUGACUGAACUCAUCAAAUGAGCCGCGGGCACCGAGGCCGUAGCUGAAAUAGCCAAUGAAGAGUGACAGCUGGUUAAUCAGGAAGUAAUUAAAUCACGCAAACGGGCACGCUGUUUUGUUUUGACGGGAGUGCGCAGGACGGAAGUUUGAACAGCAGGAGGCUAACGUCAGGAUAUCGCGCUAUAGCCGUUUUUGGCUCCUCUAAAAUGGACAUAUUUGUCCUGAAGUGUUUUUUCCUGCUGGUCCUUCACACGUCGACGUAUCCUGCUGCCGCGCGGAGAGAGAGGAAAAAUGUCCUUUUCAUCAUGGCAGAUGAUUUGCGGACAUCUCUGGGGUGCUAUGGGGAUCCGGUGGCUAAAUCGCCCAACAUUGACCAGCUGGCAUCCAGAGGCCAAGUCUUUCUCAAUGCCUUUGCGCAGCAAGCUGUGUGCGGUCCCAGUCGGGUAUCCAUGUUAACCAGUCGCAGACCGGACACAACCAGGCUCUAUGACUUCAACUCCUACUGGAGAGUCCAUUCUGGAAACUACACGACCCUGCCACAGUACUUUAAAUCUCAAGGGUACUUCACUAUGUCUGUGGGCAAGGUGUUUCACCCAGGCAUUGCCUCCAACAAUACUGACGACUAUCCUUACAGCUGGUCCAUCCCAGCCUAUCACCCACCUUCAUUCACAUAUGAGAAAAAAAAGAUGUGUAAAGGGAAGGAUGGGAAACUCCACGUCAACUUGCUCUGUGCUGUGAAUGUGAGCGAGCAGCCUGGGGGAACCCUCCCUGACCUGGAGAGCACAGAGGAGGCGGUGAGGUUACUGAAGAGUCGAGUCAACGAUGACGAUCCUUUCUUCUUGGCUGUGGGUUUUCAUAAGCCGCAUAUACCUUUUAGGAUUCCACAGGACUACCUGACCCUGUAUCCUCUAGACCAAAUGACUCUGGCCUCCGACCCAGAUGUCCCCGAACGCCUUCCCACUGUGGCCUACAACCCCUGGACAGAUGUAAGGAAGAGAGAGGAUGUGGAAAAACUCAACAUUAGCUUCCCCUACGGAUCUAUACCGAAAGACUUCCAGCUGCGUAUCCGUCAGCACUACUAUGCUGCAGUGUCAUAUAUGGAUGCUCAAGUUGGUCGGCUGCUCAGUGCACUGGAAGAGCUGGGGCUGGCAGACAACACUAUGGUGGUGUUCACCUCUGAUCAUGGUUGGUCACUGGGUGAGCAUGGUGAAUGGGCUAAAUACUCGAAUUUUGAUGUCGCAACACGCGUACCUCUGAUCUUCUUUGUUCCUGAUGGCAAUGAAGCUGGUACAUCAACCUUCCCGUUUAUAGAUGUCUUAAGGGAAUCUGUGCACAGCAUCAAAAGUGGCAAAGUUAGAAGUAGGCUGGUGGAGCUGGUGGAUGUCUUUCCUACUGUGUCCUACCUGGCCGGCCUCGAAGUUCCCGUGCAGUGCCCUGACAUUUCUUUCCAGGUGGAGUUGUGUACUGAAGGAUAUAACCGUUCCUAUGCUGCGCCACAAGGGCGAAGCGAGAGGACUCCAGAAGAUGUAGCUUUCAGCCAAUAUCCUCGCCCUGCUGAUGCACCACAGGAGAACUCUGACCUCCCUGACCUCAAAGACAUAAAGAUCAUGGGUUACUCUCUGCGCACCUGGGACUACAGGUACACCCUGUGGCUGGGCUUCAAUCCCAAAACAUUUCAGGUGAAUGUGUCUGACGUCCAUGCUGGGGAGUUGUACAUGUCAGCAGAUGACCCCGGUCAGGACAAGAACAUCUUCAAUAACUUUGAUUACAGUGAGAUAAUGAGGAAGACUGCCAGCCUUCCUCAGACUGUUGGUUUGCAGAUGAGAAUGAAGCUGCAGUUUCACUACCUCACAGCGGGGAUGAAAAGGAGCAGAGGAAAGCCAUGAGGACGGGAACGAAGCACAACAGAUGGGGACGAAUAAAAAGGGACAAUGGAAUGAAAGGGAAAAA